AUGAUUCAAAGCUUCCAGGUGUUCACAUCCACGUCCACUAUUACCUCGCAAAUUUUCGUGCACGUCACAUGGUAUGAGACGUCUUAUGCCACUGAAAUCGUUACGGAGACUGUGACGAACAUCGACGUGGCGAAAGCAUCAAAUGGUGAAACAGCUACCGUGGUAGAUGCAACCACAGUGGGCAUACGAAUGGCCAACAGAGCUCGCCACUUACUUUCAGCCGAGACCGCAAUUCCUCCAUCCAAGUCCAAACCAGUUGCUUUGUCUACCAACUAUGCGUCUUCCUCGUCUCAAGCCCAAGGCGUUUACGAAGACCCCUCGCAAAACCCAAUCACCCCUUUCGUUGAACCGAGCCACGGUCUCAGAAGAUCCAGGCUAUCACCACGACUGCCAUUGUGUACACAACGAUUCACGCCACGACGAUCGUCGACUUAA